CCAACGAUGAGAACACAUUGUUCAUUUUUCUCAAGCUCGACUUCUCGCUGUCGUGGAUUCGUGCCGUCAAAUUUAGUGAAAACGUCCGGGGUUUAUCUAAUUUUAACUAUGUAAAUUUGAUGUUAUGUGUUAAAAAAGAAUAAAGACACAUAACAUUAAACAUCAAAAAUGGGUGCAUAUAAGUAUAUGCAAGAAUUAUAUCGUAAAAAGCAGAGCGAUGUUAUGCGUUACUUGCUUCGUAUUCGGGUAUGGCAAUACCGCCAGAUGACCCGCUUCCAUCGUGCUCCAAGACCAUCAAGACCGGACAAAGCUAGAAGAUUAGGAUACAGAGCCAAGCAAGGUUACGCUAUAUUCCGAGUUCGUGUACGUAGAGGUGGUCGCAAACGUCCAGUUCCUAAGGGAGCAACUUACGGUAAACCGAAAUCGCAUGGAGUCAACAAAUUGAAACCGAAACGUUGUUUGCAAUCGAUUGCCGAAGAGCGAGUUGGAAGACGCUGUGGAGGUCUUAGAGUUUUAAAUUCUUAUUGGGUAGGACAAGACGCAGUAUACAAAUUCUUCGAAGUAAUCACUGUCGACCCCUCACACAAGGGUAUCCGAACGGACGCUAAAAUUAACUGGGUUUGUGAUCCUGUACAUAAACAUCGUGAACUUCGUGGUAAAACAUCGGCUGGUCGUAAAUCGAGAGGACUCGGAAAAGGUCACGGCUAUUCGCACACGAAAGGAGGAUCGAGAAGAGCUGCUUGGCUUAGGAAUAAUUCCCUACAACUCCGCAGAAAACGAUAAACCUACUUGUACUAUUUUAUUCGCUAUAUUUACAUUGUUAAUAAAUGACAAAAAUUCCAUCA